GGUCUAACCGAGUGUCAGCGUAGCAGUCGAUGGGGAUGCUGUGUGCAUCCAGCUGCACAUUGAAUCGCUCCCAGCAUGGCACUCUGCGUCGUGAAGACAUCAGAUGAGGGAAAUAUUGGGCAGGAAAGUUGUAUAAGAAGGGUGCGCUGUUGGCCAUUCAAGUCUCGGUACUAUCCAGAGUCAACAAGCGUGAUCUCCCAGCUUCUCUGCAUCGAGCCCUAGCCUCCCCGAAGACACCCGCACCAAACAUGAAGUCAUUCGCUGCCCUCACCUUCCUGUUGGCCCUCGCCACCGCCUCUCCCGUGGAGGUUGUGCCCCGAGAGGAGGGCUCCCUCGAGAAGCGCGACACCGAGAUCGUCUACCUGGCCAACUGCAAGCGCACCGUGUCCUGCUGCCCCCCACUCGCCGAGACACACUCGUCGGCGAUUCUGUACUACGCCAACAGCGCCUCGUCGCAGAACGGCAACGCGCCGUCCAGCGACAACCAGUGUACCGUCUCCGGCGACAACUACGCCUGGUGGGAGAACGGCUCGCCGCACUGCAGCUUCCCGACCGGCGUCACCUUCACCGCGCACAUCGAUGCCGAUGCGCAGAGCCGUCCCAACUUCUCUUGGGCUGGAUGGGGAUCGAACGGCUUCAAGAACUGGGACUGCUACAAGGACAACGGCCGCCAGAUCUACAGGACCAGCGGCCCCGAGUGGUCCUUUGAUUGCAGCAGUGUUUACUACUGCAUUCCGCAGUAGACGCGACGCGGUAUUGUGGCUCGAAGUUCUGCGUAGACCGGCUGCGAUAAGGGAGAGUUGAUUGGACGGAGGCGGCGGGUGAUAGUAUCUCAGGAAACAUGGCGUCGAACUGUUGCAUGUCCGAUCAUUCGAGUCGUCUGCCAAAAGUGUGAUUGAAACCAGUCCCGGGCAAUGGCAAGGAAGUAUUAGUUAGGGAGAAGACUGCAAUUGUAAACCCUACCAAUUCGCAACACUAUUUCCAUUCCUCCAUUUUCGCUUGAGGGGGGGAUAUUCUUGGAGCAAGGCUUGACCUUGGUCAGUCAGAUACCAGCAAAGUGACGAGGGCGAGCUGACUUAACUCCGGCCUCGCUUAUUGAACUGAAAAAGGUGCAGAGUGCCCUUGAGCAC